AUGGAAGACAGAGAGCGUAAACAUGUCAACUUUCAAAGACUCAUAUCAGAAGAGAGCUGCAGCUCGACUCUCUCUGAUGAAUCCUGUGAGUAUUAUCAGACCGAAAUUUUUGACCAGCUGCCCAGCUCGUUGCACCACCGCAGACAACGUGGAGGCAGUCAUGGGUCAGAGGGAGGGCGCUUCAGCCAGCCACUCAAAGCCCUGCCCAUCUCUCUGCGGGAGAAGAGAAACACCAGGGAACAUCAAAAUCUUCAGCGGGUCAACAUCGGCUUUUGGGAGUCGUGGAGGCAGAGCCAACAAAAAGGAUGCAGACGAAUCAGGGAACAGAUGGGCAUGGUUCUUUCAGGAAUGUUACCAUGGAGACGCACAUUCCAUAAAAUCGAAGGUAAAUUUGGAGUGGGUGUGAAGGCCUAUUUUGUAUUCCUGAGGUACCUGCUGUUUCUCAAUCUGCUCCAUUUUAUCAUCAUCGCUGGCACCGUUCUGAUCCCCACAGUGUUGUAUGACAAAAAUGUCUCAGAGGAUUAUCCGAGGACCAAUGAGAAUGACUCUGUUCUGAACAUUUUCCUGGGUUCGGGUUUUGUUGAGCGUUCACCUGUUUUCUACGGUUUCUACAAAAGGGGCUCUUUAGCACUGACUUGUCUGAAUACACCUAUACUCUUCCUCCUUGGCAUUGCUUGCAUACUCAUCCUCAGCCUCUUCAUGGUGGUUCGCAGGACGGUGGUUGGGUUUAAACAUACCUGGCUGACAGAGAACCGUUAUAGCUCUAACGUUAGCUACAAGGUGUUCUGUGGAUGGGAUUUCUGCAUUCAGGACCCUCAGACUGCUUUGCUGAAACACAGCUUCAUCAGAAAUGAGCUGAAGAUGGAUCUUGAGGAGCAGAAGUUUCAACAGAAGGUGUCUCAGAGGUCACUGGGGCAGUGGGUUCGUCUUGUUUUCCUUCGGGUCAUUCUGAACUUCAUAGUAUUGGUUCUGCUGACUGGGUCUUUCUGUAUGAUCUAUUACGCCACCGAAUACUCUCAAAUACAAUUGACUGAGCUCCAUUGGAUACUGAGCCUCUUGCGGGGCUAUCUCCCAUCCAUCACUAUAACCAUAGCCAACUUUGUGCUGCCACACAUCUUCAACAAGAUCGCUGCUUUUGAAGACUACUCUCUCUCUGUACAACUCAACCUUACCUUAAUCAGGAGUAUCUUCCUGAAACUUUCUUCCUUGGGAAUCUACCUUUUCUUUGUGUAUACCGUGCGUGACAAACAGUGUUGGGAGAACAAGUUUGGAAUGGAGAUGUACAGACUCUUCAUAUUUGACUUCUUGGCAUGUUUCUUCUUUGCCUUCUUCCUGGUCUACCCAAGAGCGCGGCUGGUGGAGAAAAACCCUACCUCCAAAUUUGCGAGAAUUGUGGGAAAGCAGAAGUUCAUGAUCCCAUUCAAUGUACUUGACCUUGUCUACAGUCAGACCAUCACCUGGGUUGGCUUGUUCUACUGCCCCCUGCUGCCUGGCAUGAGUGUGCUGAAGCUCUUAUUUAUCUUUUACAUUAAAAAGUUCACUGUCUUACGGUGUUGUGCUCCAGCAUCAAGAAUGUUCCGGACUUCCAGCUCCUCAGUUCUGUUCCAUUUUAUGUUGUUGCUGAGUCUUUUGUUGUCCAUUGUUACCCUCAUCAACAACAUUGUGCAGUUUGAACCUGGUACAUGUGGACCAUUUAAGGGUGACAAAACAGUGUUUAAUGUGACAAGCGCAUGUGUGAACAGUCUCUCAGACCCUGCUCGGAACGCAAUAAACUACCUUACCUCUGAAGCAUUUGCAUUCACUUUGAUUCUAGCUGAGAUCAUCAUUUUGACUUCAUGUGUGUCUCGUGGACAAGCCAAUCGCCACGCUAUAGAAAGAUUGAAAGACAUGCUUGUUAUGUGUAGUUCAGAUAAGCGUUUUCUGGUGAAGCAGCAUUCCACGUGGCUCAGACGACAGAGGAGGACCCAAACAAGCGUUAGAUCUCCAGGCAUUAGAGAGGGCACCUAUUUCACUCAGUGGAACGAGACCUCAGAACCUCUGUCUGUGCCAAUGGGAGAAAGCAGUUAG